AUGGAGAGAACCCAGCGGACCACGAAAGCCACCAGUCCAAAGGAGAGAACCCAGAGCCCCACGAAGGCCACCAGUCCAAAUGAGAGAACCCAGAGCCCCACGAAGGCCACCAGUCCAAAUGAGAGAACUCAGAGCCCCACGAAGGCCACCAGUCCAAAAGAGAGAACCCAGAGCCCCACGAAGGCCACCAGUCCAAAGGAGAGAACUCGGAGGACCACUAAGGCCACCAGUCCAAAGGAGAGAACCCAGCGGACCACAAAGGCCACCAGUCCAAAGGUGAGAACCCAGCGGACCACGAAGGCCACCAGUCCAAAGGAGAGAACCCAGAGCCCCACGAAGGCCACCAGUCCAAAGGAGAGAACUCGGAGGACCACUAAGGCCACCAGUCCAAAGGAGAGAACCCAGCGGACCACAAAGGCCACCAGUCCAAAGAACCCAGAGCCCCACGAAGGCCACCAGUCCAAAAGAGAGAACCCAGAGCUCCACGAAGGCCUCCAGUCCAAAAGAGAGAACCCAGAGCCCCACGAAGGCCUCCAGUCCAAAAGAGAGAACCCAGAGCCCCACGAAGGCCACCAGUCCAAAGCAGAGAACCCAGCGGACCACGAAGGCCACCAGUCCAAAGGAGAGAACUCAGCGGACCACAAAGGUCACCAGUCCAAAGGAGAGAACCCAGAGGACCACGAAGGCCACCAGUCCAAAGGAGAGAACCCAGAGCCCCAUGAAGGCCACCAGUCCAAAAGAGAGAACCCAGAGCACCAUGAAGGCCACCAGUCCAAAAGAGAGAACCCAGAGCCCCACGAAGGCCACCAGUCCAAAGGAGAGAACCCAGCGGACCACGAAGGCCACCAGUCCAAAGGAGAGAACUCGGAGGACCACGAAGGCCACCAGUCCAAAGGAGAGAACCCAGCGGACCACAAAGGCCACCAGUCCAAAGGAGAGAACCCAGCGGACCACAAAGGCCACCAGUCCAAAGGAGAGAACCCAGAGCCCCACGAAGGCCACCAGUCCAAAUCAGAGAACCCAGAGCCCCACGAAGGCCACCAGUCCAAAUCAGAGAACCCAGAGCCCCACGAAGGCCACCAGUCCAAAAGAGAGAACCCAGAGCUCCAUUAA